AUGUAUUCACAAGAUCAAGCAUUUGCUGAUGAAAGUUUUGAAAAUAUUCGUGCACCAGAUGAAUAUGAAUAUUUUGAAUUAACUUGUCAACAUUAUCAUUGGGAUCGAAUGGAUCCAUGUCAAUCAUUACAUCUUGAUAAAAAAUUAUGUGAUGAAGAAAUGAGUGAUAUCUUACGACAAAAAGAUUCAAUUGAAACUCGUCAAAAAAAAAUCAACGAAAAACAAAAAAAAUUAGAUGAAGAUUUAAAAAACAAAACAAUUAAUGAAACAACAGCUCCACAAAAAGCUGAAGAAAUUGCAGAUUUAAUUAUUAUACAAUCAGAUUCGAAAAUAAAACGAUUGGAUAAAGAUAAAGAAAAUGCAAUCCAUGAUCGUGAUGAAUCAGCUGGUAAUUUAGCAAGUACUACACAUCAUCAUCCAUAUGAUGCUCAUAAAAAAUGA